GCCGUGGAGGAGGAGGAGGACUGGGGGGACCUCCCCGACACCAUCCUCCUCGGCAUCACGGCGUGCCUCCCCUGCCGCGCGGACCGCGUCCGCAUGGCCUGCGUCAACAGGCAGUGGCGUAACGCCGUGAGGGAGGAGCCUCGGCCCCCGCCGCUGCUGCCUCAGGUGCCGCCGCUGCCGCCCCAGCUGCCGUGGCUCAUCUUCCCCAACACCGAGGCGCCGUCCUUCUACAGCUGGAUCGGGAACAUGUGCCACUCCCUCCCGCUCCCGCCCGACGUCCGCGUCGCGCGCUUCUGCGGCUCCUCCGACGGCGGCUGGUUCGUCCUCGCGCUCGACGCGAGCCACCGCUACGCGCUCUACAACCUCAACUCCGGCCAGCGCGUCAACCUCCCCCCGGGGAUCGGGUUUCGUUCGGGCAGGGAAUUCCCCUUGGUCGCGCGCUUCGCCACCCUCUCCGCCUCGCCAUCCCCUCGGGUCUACAUGCUCGCCGCCAUCGUCCUCUUCAAGCAGCAGCUCCGCGUCGCGUUCUGGUUCCAGGGGAGCGAAUGCUGGUUCCCACCGAGGGGCCCGAGGCCGAGGCAGCCGCAGGACGUCAUCUACUACAACGGCGGCUUCUACCUCGUCACCGCCACCGAGGGCGUCGUCGUGUACUGGCCGGGGUACGGCAACCCGCACAACAACCAGAUGCUCAUGCGCCGCGUGGAGUACGACAUGCUGCAGCGUGCGGAUUACGUAAGGGACAUGACCCUCAUCCGAGGCUAUGGAUCGGUCACGCGCUACCUCGUGGAGUCCCGGGGGCAGCUGCUCAUGGUCGUGAGGUACGUCUACAACGAGGCCGGGACGGAGGCGCUCCGGGUGUUCAGGUUCCAGGUGAUGCCGCCGACGGCCACCUCCGUCGGCAUCAGCCGGCGACCUCGCGCCACCUGGGUAGACAUGCACUACCUGGAGGGGCGGAUGCUGUUCGUGGGGAGAGGCUGCUCCAGAUCGUUCGAGUCCGACCAGUUCCGCGGAUUCGAGGACGCCGUCAUCUACUUCCUCGACGAGGGCUUCGUCCCCGACAGGAGGGUGGCGGCGGAGAGGCGGCGCUACUUGUACGACGACAUGGGCAUUUACGACAUGGACAACAUGACCAGCACGGAGUGGCCUCCGGCGAAUCGCCGCCCCACGACGUCGGACAACGCUCCUGCCACUUGGUGGUUCCCCUGACCACCGCAACCAUGCGCUCUCCGGCCUGGUUACUCUUCAUCUUACUGCUUACGAUACUUAGCAUUGCUUUCGUUGCCCUAGUGUGGUGCAGCAGUGCUGACAUAGUCAUUUGAGAUGAUAACGCUAGUAGGAUAGGAUUGCAGGAGAGUCCUGUGCUUCGGUAGUCGAUGGUUUUCAGGUUUCAGUUCAUGUCCUGCAACCAAGGAUCGAUUUUGCUGUACUGAUCUUUUGCCAGGAAAUUGCUGUGCUGUUUGGUACACCACAUUCAGGUCUUCAUGUUCUCAUUUAUUCAGGUUUGUGUACGCUGCAACGCGUUGAUGAUAUCUGAACCGGGAAUGGGAUGAUGAUGUACAG